AUGCUCACCGUCUGCUCCAAUCCAACCCUUACCCCCCCAUCCAUGCUCGCCCAUGCCUCAGAGCUCUUCGUCGUCUGCGAAUGGCUCCAACAAACCGCGCCCGUGCCGGAUGUGUCGAAUGCGGGCGCGCUCAAUGGCUACUGGCGCUUCAUGAAGAUCGCGAUCAUGCAGGGUCUGCAAAUGGGCCAGCGCACCGCGGGCAUCGUCACGGAGAUGGACCCCGACGCGGUCAACCGGGGUGGUCGAUUGGCAGAAGCCGCUCAACUGUGCCGUAGAGCGAAACAGCCGUGGCGGGCGGCGAGCAUCAACGGGUCGCUGCUGCUUCGGUGGGGUGCACUCAGUAAUCGGCACAUUCGCACUGUGCGGGACAUGCUAUCUGAAACCAUAGCAGCGAAAGGAUGCCCGGGCGAAGAAGACUCGGCGGACAGCAUGGAUCUGGACGAGGGAUGGACCAGCAACGUGCGCAGGAAGCUCUGGAAGACCACAUGCAUGCGGGCCGCGCUGAACGUACAUUUCUCACUGCAGACCCCAGCACUGUCGACGACAGAGCGCGCUCUGUACGCCGCUCUCGCCCCUUCACCACAGACUGCGGUGUCGUUGAGAGCGGUGUGCCACACGUGGUUGGACCAACUCUGGGCAGCCAUGUCCGUUGCGUGCGAGGACCGGUUGACGACGGCAUUUGCCAGCCUGGAGCAUGAAAGUUUCUGGGAAGGUGGCUUGGCUGCCGUCGAUUCGAUGGAGAUGCCUGAGAGUACUGCGGAACUGCAUAGCAUGGAGGUGGACGGUGCGGUUUGGGAGCAGGAAGUCUUCAGUGCACUCGAGCCUCCGGCGGAUAACCCUUUCCAUGUGACCCAAUUGCAAGUGAUUCUCAACUGCGCCGAUGCGCUGAUGGACGGAUACGCGAAAGAACUGCAAGCCCAAAGUCUUGACGCGAGUUCUACAGAGUAUCCCGCGAUGACGCGGUUCUUUGCACAUUUGUGCCUGUACUUUCGCAUGGUCGACAUCGCGGUCUCGUCAGACGUCGUUCAAGUGCUCGAGGCGAGAGGCGAACGCGAACUCAUCGCGAUGUACGCCGCCGCGAUGGGCACAGACGCAGUAGAUCGCUACGCGUCAUUCCUCACCUCGCUCGACGUCUCCGUCAGCAUCGCGGACCGGCGAGCGGCCCUCGCGCGCGUGCGCGACCACGGGCUCGACAUGCAGCGAACAAUCACCAUGACGAUGGAGCAAUUACCUAGGGCUGAGGGAUCGCUGCCGAGUGCGGAGGAGAUGGCGGCGACGCCGUCGGAUGUGGAGAUGAUGCUCGUGUGUGCGAUUGAGUGGACAACAUUUAUGGAGUCUACGUAUACAUUCGCGCUCGAGCGGACGAACGCUAUCCUGCGUUACCUCCUCGCUUCUUUUGGCAGCAAAGGGACGAUUGCAGCCGUCUAG